UUUGGUUGUUAGGGUUUUCAGGGGUUUUAGAGAGAGAGAGAGAGAGAGAGAGAGAGAAAUCCCAUCUCCUUCUCCGACAUCUAUCGCCUCCGCCACCGCCACCGCCACCGCACUGCCGCCACACAGCCACCAGCAGCCAUGGCGAGCACCAAAGUUCAGCGUAUUAUGACCCAGCCUAUCAAUCUGAUUUUCAGAUUUCUUCAGAGUAAAGCGCGAAUUCAGAUUUGGCUCUUCGAGCAGAAGGAUUUAAGGAUUGAAGGCCGCAUAAUUGGGUUCGAUGAGUACAUGAACCUUGUCCUGGAUGAGGCUGAGGAAGUGAACAUAAAGAAGAAGAGCCGUAAGGAACUAGGGAGGAUUCUUUUGAAGGGGGAUAACAUCACGCUUAUGAUGAACACAGGGAAAUGAUGCUUUCCUGAGUCGCUGCUUGGAUGGAUGGCUGAUGCUUUUGUUUUACUCUGACACAGCCCUGGCCAAAGUUCAUCACUGUAUGGGAAUACUCGAUAGUUUCUUGAAUGCUAAUUGCGUAGCUUUAUUAGACGCUGUUAUAUUGUUAUAUAUGGCCGUGAGAAUUUGACUAAAUUCGUAGUGUUGCCUGUUUGAUUCAUAAGCUGAACUACUUCCUAACUUGCUAUCUAUUUCUCGGUGUUGGUUUCUCUGUUCGUGGCAUAUUAGAAAGGAAUUCUAGCUUGAGCUCAACUGAACGUACUAGCAAAAUUUAGAUGACUGAUACGCUGAAUGUACAAGAAAGAAACAGUUGACGAAGCCAGUUCAUUAAUCUCGCCUGACAUUUUAUUCUCAUCAAACUAUCAACAGCAAAACAAUCAAAACCUCAAAAACUUUCAGCUUUCUUUGGCUUUCUUCAAAGCUGUACUAGGAAAACCAACAAAUCUACUUUAUUCAUUAAUUGUACAUAUAUUGUACUUCCUUCGUUCCAUAAUUAUUGUUUACUUUGUCUA